AAUUGUGACACUUUAUCACAAAUUUAUAAAUACAUUGUAAUUGAUUUGUAUUUUUUUUACUUGCAUAUUGCAAAUCCAAUCAGGAUAACUCUAAAUAGUAUAACUUAUAAUCAACAUCACUACAUAAAACUAGGUGUAUGUUUAGAUUGUAAUUUUUGAAAUGGGCGACUUUAAAGACAUCCCCAUAUCCAAUGAAGAAGCUUUAAAAUUGUGUGGUUCUUCAGGAGAAGAAACAAAGGAUUUCGUUUUUCAACAAACUAUGUACAGGAUCAAAGAUCCCAGAAAAUCUUUGCCAUUCUACACUGAAGUACUGGGUAUGAAACUUUUGACAAAGUUGGAUUUCCCAUCUUUGAAAUUUUCUCUCUACUUCAUGGGUUAUGAAGAUCCUAAUAAUGAAGGUGAUUUAAAUUCGAAAGAGCGUGUGGCUUGGACAUUGAGAAGAAAAGCUACAGUGGAACUAACUCAUAAUUGGGGAACAGAGAAUGAUGACAAUUAUAAACCUCACAAUGGCAAUGAGGAACCAAAAGGAUUUGGUCACAUUGGUUUAACAGUACCAGAUGUCUAUAAGGCUUGCGAGCGAUUUGAAAAACUUGGUGUACCAUUUGUGAAAAAACCUGACGAUGGAAAGUUAAAGGGAAUCGCUUUCAUAACAGAUCCUGAUGGUUACUGGAUUGAGAUCCUCAAUGCUAAAACAGUUGCUGCUAUGGUCGGAGUAUAAAUUGUUGAAGAAUAUGCAAACUGAUAAAUAAAAACUUUAUUACAUAAUACGAAAGUCAGUAACAAAACGUCAAAAAGUUCGGCACACUUAUUGAAAAAUAAUAUUUUAUAUGAAGAUAAGGUACCAGUGAAAAUAAAAUGAAUAUACAAUAUCACCAAGGACAAAUACAUUUUCAUUUCAGAUACUAUCUCCUCCCAAAAAUACUCUAAGUACCACUUUAUCUACAUUUUACAUUGAUUAACUUCUAAUGACUAGGAUAAACUUCUGGAAGAAAUAACAAAUGCAUUACAUAAAAUAUAUUGCCUGUACAUAAUAAAAAGGAUCAAGAAAAAGUUUUCGAUAACCAUGGAUAAUAACAAAUUUCAGAUAAUUACAUAUUACCACUGAACAA